AUGUCAGGAUUCAAGCUGUACACCAACUCUCACAAGCGCAUCUGGGACUUCCUCCACAAGGAGAUCGAACGACACAAGAGAACCCGUAAGCCAGAUGUUCCCAGGGACGUUAUGGACGUAUACCUGAACGUCCUAGAGUCUUCCGAUACGAAACCAGAGAGCUUCAGCGAAGACCAGCUAUUGGCCACAUGCAUGGACAUGUUCAUGGCUGGUUCGGAAACCACCAGCAACACGCUGAGCUUUUGCUUUCUGUAUCUGAUUCUGAAUCCGGAGAUAUUGAUUUCUUUCAGUUUGCCUUACGUUGAAUGCGUGGUAAUGGAAUCCCUACGAAUGUUCGGAGGAAGAGCCUUCACUGUUCCUCACAGAGCCCUGAGGGAUACUUCUUUAUCAGGAUAUCACAUACCCAAGGAUGUUCUGGUGGUUGGCAACUUGUAUGGCUCCAUGUUGCAAGAAGGUUGUGGCUUUGAUGAACCGGAAAAAUUCAGACCCGAGCGGUUCUUGAAGAACGGAAAAAUAUCCCUGCCUGAUGGCUUCCUGCCCUUUGGCUUGGGCAAACACAGAUGCCUGGGAGAGUCGUUGGCUAGGGCGAACAUUUUCCUCUUCGUUGCAACCAUGAUGCAAAAGUUCACCUUCAGCAUAGUACCCGAACAUCCUCCGACCACCGAAUGGUCAGAUGGAGUCACACCUGGACCUAGACCCUUCAAAGCUCGUGCGAAGCCCAGAUUAUGAGAAAACUGGAUCAGGUUGUGUAGUUUGUAUUAUA